AUGGAUGUUAAGAGUGCUUACCUAAAUGGUAUAAUUAAUGAGGAAGUUUAUGUUGAAAAACCCCCCAGUUUUAUGAAUCCUACAUUGAUUAGUCAUGUUUAUAGACUGGAUAAAUCACUAUAUGGUUUAAAACAAGUUCCUAGAGCUUGGUACGAUACUCUUACAAAGUUCUUGUUUGAUCAUGAUUUUACCAUAGAAUCCAUAGAUAAGACAAUAUUUAAAUUUGAGAAAGAUGAGCAUAUCUUAAUUGUACAAAUUUAUGUUGAUGAUAUUAUUUUUGGGUCAACUAACCCUAAACUGUGUGAAAGGUUUUCCAAGUUGAUGACAGAUAAGUUUGAAAUGAGUAUGAUGGGGGAGUUAAGUUUCUUUUUGGGCCUUCAAGUUCGCCAACUUGAAGGGGGAACUUUUAUCAAUCAGGUCAAGUAUACAAAGGAGCUAUUAAAGAAGUUUGGCAUAGAGAGUUGUUAUGCUGCCUCAACACCAAUGAGUUCCUCUAUUAAGCUUGACAAGGAUGAAGAUGGUCAAAGCGUCAACAUCACUACCUAUCGGGGAAUUAUCGGCUCUCUUCUUUACUUAACAGCAAGCCGACCGGAUAUUUUGUUUGUGGUUGGAGUAUGCGGGAGAUUCCAGGCCAACCCCAAGCAAUCCCAUUAUGUUACGGCUAAAAGAAUAUUAAAAUAUCUUAAAAGAACUCAAAACGUGGGACUGUGGUAUUUGAAGGAUUCUAGUUUCAAUCUAAUAAUUUGUUCUGAUGCAGACUAUGUAGGAUGUAAAGUGGACAAAAAGAGUAUCAGCGGAACUUGCCAGUUCCUAGGUGACCGGCUCGUCUCCUGGUACAGCAAGAAACAAACAUCCAUUGCAACUUCAACAGCAGAGGCAGAGUAUCUUGCAGUCGGCAAGUUUUCUCUCAUCUUCCCUUCCCUCGCAAAUCUUGAGAUGGAUCUAGCAUUUUCUCGCAAUCCAUUAAUCGUUGACUUCGACUCUAUUAUGUCCUUCGAAGAUGAGGAGGUUCUUGAGAUGUUCUUAUCUUUAGAAAAUUCUGGUUUAAGAAAGUUCCUUGAAGGAUCUCAAGUGAUUCAUGAAAAGGAGGUCUUUGAGUUUUUCAAAAAUGAAAAAGUUGUUAAUGAUUCCAUCCUGUCAAAAGUGGUAGAGGAAUUUCUCUUGAAAGAAGAAGAUUUCACUCGGAUUUUCAAUCUUCCUACCAAAGGAUUCUCGGAGUUCCUUUCAUCUCCAGAUUAA